AUGGAAGCUGAAAGUUUCCGAUCUGAAUCACAAUGUCUUCUUCUCUCCCCAAAAAAACAAAAGAGUUCAGAUGCUUCACCGGAUACAAAACUAUUCGAAGAACCUGGUUUAGGAAUGGUUGGAUUUUGGCGCCAACUCCAUUUUCUACUAUGGAAAUGCGUUUUGGUUAGACGGAGACAAAAGUUCUGGUUGGCUGUUGAACUAAUUGUACCAUUUAUCUUAUUCAUUAUUAUCGCGCUUGUGAGGACCAAAGAUUUCUCGGAAGGAAUGCCACAAUGUCACUACGACUCGAAAGGAAUGCUCUCAGCUGGUGUUCUUCCAUUCAUCCAUUCAUUCUUUUGCUCAUUUUCCAACAGAUGUAAUGCAAUUCCAACGACUGGAGAUGAAAGAGAAUUUCUGUUUAAUGACAAUGGAAACCUCACGAGAAACGAAUCUAUAAUCGUCGAUGCCAUUUAUUACUCCUCUCUACAACUUCGAUGGAUCGGAAAGAAUCCGAAAAAGUUUGAAGAUUUAACAAAAGGAGGAGCGGAAAUCAUUCAUUGGCUUGCUGGAAAGUCACUAAACUCAACUGAAGUCGUUCGGAUUGGAGAUUUAUUUGACACUCCGAUAAGAGAAAAUCUGACAAAGGCAUUGAAUAACACAGGGCUUCGAUUGGAAACUGCACAAAAAUUAAUGAAUGUACGAUUGGAAGUAGGAGCAAUUGAAGUUUAUGAUGUGCUCAGAAAUGAGUUGUCAUGGACGGAUUUGUUGUUUUCGAAUCCAUUAUUUUGUGAUGAAAGAAUGUUCGAGAAGACGUUUUCGUUUGAAACAGGACAAGAAAUGACAAGUGAGGAGAGGGAUGAAUUGUGUGAUGUUUUGACAUUGGCUGAGAUAAUGGAUUAUAAAGGAUACAUCAGUGAAGUUACAAUUCCAACGGCAUCUCGGUUCCGAGCUCAAACAUUCAUGACAUCGUUUCAAAAUUUAUUUGAACCAUCAUUAAUUUUCUUCCAAAAGUAUUCCAACUAUACAACGGAUCAACUGCUAUUAGCCCUGUUUUGUGGAGAAGAUCCCCGAGAUGUAAUCGAGCAAACCAUCAAUCCGAAUAACGAUAAAACAGUGGAGACUCCAUUUGAGAAAUUGAGAAAACAAGUGAUCAAGUUCAUCCAAAACGUAACACCCGGGAAAGAGCAAGAAAAGAAUAGCACAUGCAGUCCGGUUCCCUAUCAUAAUGACAUGAAUUGUUCUUCAUUAGAAAGUCCAAUUUUAAUGAAAGUCAGAGCUGCGUUAUCUGGAUAUAUUCUAGUGUCUCCUGAUAAUCCAGCAACAAGAAGAGUAGUAGAGAGAUUGAAUGUCCCACUUCGGGAUGUAGAACAUAUACGGAACUUGUUGUAUUCUUAUCCAUCCGAUGCGUUGGAAUUCCAAGAUCGACUUCAUGCUUCUGACUUGUGGCCAGCUAGUCAGAAACUCCUUCACUUCAUCAAACUCUACAAGGAUGGUCAGAACCCAUUGAACAAUAGAAAUAUUCGUUUCUUACUUGAACAUCUAUUUGCACCAUCUUCUGAUGAAUACAGUUUUGGAAGUUUCACAAAAAAUAUUACCGAAGUUGCCAACAAGUACACAGGGUGUUUCCUUCUGGACCGUUUCCGUUUUGUGAGUGAUGAAAAAGAAAUGGAAACCAAUGCAGUUUGUCUGAUGGAAUCUCAUCAAUAUUUUACUGGAAUCGUAUUUGAAAUGAAUUCAAACGCAACUGAGUUUGACGGAUUUACAACUUAUAAAAUCAGGCAUUACCCAGAAAUGAUUGACUCAACCACCAGUUUCAUGGACAGCAGAAGUAAUCCAUUCACUCGAGACAAGCCACUGAUAGAUUUGAAGUAUUUAACAUUCGGAUUCUCAUUUCUUCAAGAAGCCGUGGAUAGAGCAAUUAUUAGUGAGAAAUCCAACUUAUCUGAUGCCAAUCUAGGUGUUUAUUCCCAACAAGAACCGUAUCCAUGCACUGUGAAAGACACAUUCAAUGUUGCACUUUUCAUGCCAUUGUUUCUUCUUAUUUCAUUCAUUUUCCCAUCUGCGCUUCUGGUGAAAAAUAUUGUUUAUGAAAAGGAACAGAAGAUUAAGGUAGGAAUAUCAAAAAUUACCGAGCAAAUGCGUGCAAUGGGUCUAGGUGAUGCUGUUCAUUUUGUGUCAUGGGCUCUGAUCUCAUUGGUCCUAAAUUUCAUUUCCGUUCUUGUCAUCUCUAUCAUUUCGAAAGUUGCCAAAAUCUUUGACUACACUGAUUAUACACUUUUACUUUUUGUUCUGGUACUAUUCUUGUUUGCAUCUAUAGCUAUGUCCAUAUUCUUUUCAACUCUUUUCACAAAUGCCAAUAUCGCCACAGCAGCCACUUGCGUCCUCUGGUUCGUAUUCUUCAUUCCAUUCCAACUACUCCGAACUGACAGAAUAUCCUCACCGACUUUCAACAGAAUUGCGCUUCUUCUUCCUCCAACUGCAAUGGGACACUGUUUCAAACUUUUGGAAUCUUUCAAUGCCAUGGAACGUGCGUCUUGGUCUGAUCUCGGAGAGAUGAGCAAUCCGGAUUUGGGAGUUUCCGUUGAACUUUGUAUGGCUAUGCUGCUUGUGGACACUGCUCUGUUUCUGAUUCUUGCCUGGUACAUUUCAGCGGUGGCUCCUGGAGAAUACGGUGUUCGACAACCUCUCUAUUUCCCAUUCAUAUUGAAAUACUGGGCACCUGGAUUGUAUAAAAAUCGAGUCGAGUUUAUAGAUGACGAGCAUUUCGAUGUGAUACCAACGAGCGACUCAUUCGAUUCGGAACCAACUAACUUGAAUCUAACAGUUCAUAUCAACUCGAUGAGCAAGGUUUAUGAAAAUGGAACGAAAGCUCUGGAUUCUCUGAAUCUUCGUCUAUACGAAGGACAAAUCACAGGACUUCUUGGACACAACGGAGCCGGAAAAACUACUACAAUGUCAAUCCUCUGUGGUCUCUAUGCCCCGUCUUCUGGAACUGCAAAAAUCUAUCAAAGAGACAUUCGAACAGAUCUUCGCAGAGUUCGAGAUGUUUUGGGAAUAUGUCCACAGCAUAAUGUCUUAUUCAGCCAGUUAGUUAUUUUCAAUCUUACUGUAGCUGAGCAACUUCGUCUGUUUGCUGCUCUGAAAGGAGUGCCAGAUAAAGAAUUGGAUAUACAAGUGGAAGAGAUUCUGGCUAGUGUCUCAUUGACGGAAAAGGCAAACAAACUGGCUAACACUUUAUCAGGCGGAAUGAAAAGAAGACUGUGUAUUGGAAUCGCGUUUAUUGGAGGGUCUCGGUUUGUGAUUCUAGAUGAGCCAACGGCUGGAGUUGAUGUUACAGCCAGAAAGGACAUUUGGAAAUUAUUGCAGAGGAAUAAAGAAGGCCGCACGAUUCUUCUAUCCACCCACCACAUGGACGAAGCAGAUGUUCUAUCCGAUCGUAUCGCUAUUCUAUCUCAAGGUCAAUGCAUCACAGUUGGAUCAUCCGUUUUCCUAAAACGGCGUUUUGGAAAUAAUAUGUCAUUGGCAAUGGUGAAAGAAGAUUUGAAAGUUGAUUACGCGAGAAUCUCAUCUGAAAUUAUUGAGUUGGGAAGUGAUAUUGGAUUGGGAAUUGGAGAUGAAAAUGAAGAGGAAAUUGUGUUCAAAAUUCCAAUUCAAACGGAGUCUGAUAAAUUGGAAAAGUUCUUCCUUCGUCUUGAUGAGAAUUUAGAAAAGUAUCGGCUGGGGCAGUAUGGAAUUUCUGCACCAACUCUUCAGAAUAUUUUUGUUUCGUUGGCUCCUCAAAAAGAGUAUCAUGUCCCGAAAGUAGUAAAAUGUGGAUUCCUGAAACGACUGAAGGAUAAGCUUUGUAAUUCAGGAGGGCACGAAGAAGAUCAAAACGAUUUGACUAGUCUGAACCCGGUAGUUGUCGAAAACAACAUGCCACAGAAUAAUGAGGUUGAAGAAGUCAAGUUUGAAGAUUUCGAAAAACCAGACCUGCUUCAAGGAAAGCGACUAAUCCUUCAACACUUUUGGGCUCUUCUCGUUUGUCGAAUGAAUUACACUUUAAAAAGUAAACGAACAUUUUUGUUCCAAGUGAUCAUUCCACUGGUUCUUCUGGCUGUCGCUGAACUUUUCGUAGUUCUUCAAGUCUCAUCAUCUCGUCCUGAUCUAAUGACUUCGAUGCCUCCACUUCCCCUGGAAACUAGCAUUCUGGGAAAUCAUAGUGAUUUUUAUGUGAAUUCAUGGGAUGCAUCAGAGAACUCAACGGCUACUGGAAUCCUUCACUCCAUGUUUACUUCUCCUGGAACUGGUCCAAGAUGUGCCAAGGAUACGCCAACAGAAUAUUUAUCAUCGAUCCGAAGGGAACUCUUAUUCCGAAAUCGCUACGGUUGGGGACGCAACAUGCCACCUCCAGGUGUUAAAAAAGAGACAGUGGAGAAUGAGUAUCAGUGUCAAGACAUAACAGGAACAUUUGACUAUACUGAAGAUAUAUCGAAUGUCACCUACAAUGAACCUGUCUAUUGUGAUUGUGAAGAUUUCGGAUGGAAUUGUACUUUGGAGAACUGGCCAUGGAGAGAAACGCCAUGGAUUGGAUUGAACACCACUGAUCGGAUAUUCGAUCUUUCUGGAAAAAAUUUGACCCAAUUCAGAAUGAUCACUCGAAAUGCACAGACUUCGAAUGCCACUGCUCCUUUCUUCUUGGGUGGUUUCUCACUGGGUCAUGUGAAUCAAAGAGCACAGAGCCAGAACGACAUUGAUAUUUCAAAGAGUGGAUGGUUGGAAGCAGUCAAAGAUAUUACCGAAGCUACAGUUAUUAUCAAUCUGAAUACAACUGGAAUCGAACCGUCAACUCCAAAAGUCAAAGAUCCAUUCGCAGAGAAUAUUACAGUAACCAAAGUGAUUGAUGACGUGCUACAGAAUCUCGAUGUUAAAACAAAUGUGAAGGUUUGGUUCAAUAAUAAGAUUUGGCCUGGAUUGCCAAUAACUUCAAAUAUUCUCUCGAAUGCAUUGUUACGUCUAGAAGAUCCUGAUAUUGCACCUGAAGAUCUCGGAAUCUUGGCGAUGAAUCAUCCAAUGAAUAAGACAAUCUCUCAGACAUUGGAUCAAAACGCACUGCGAUUCACACAGACUUUGGCCCUAUUCCGUAUCACUUGUCUUCUUUUGGUCCUUUCCAUGAUUCCAGCUGGAUUUACAGUAUAUUUGGUUGAAGAUCGAAUUUGUGAAGCAUUCCAUUUACAAAUCGUUGGAGGAUUGAGAAAAAUGACUUAUUGGGUAACCAGCUAUCUGUAUGAUCUGACAGUGUACACAUGUGUCAUACUGGUCAUAAUGCUGAUUUACGUAUCAUUCCGAGUGACAGAUUUCACUGGCGAUGCAGCCACUUUCUUCUCGUUUCUCCUUCUGUUUUUCAUGCAAGGAAUGUCGGCUAUUCUGUAUGCGUACGUCUUCCAGAAAAUGUUUUCUGUUCCUGCUCUAUCAUUUGUUCUCAUUGCUAUCGGAUCAUAUUUUGUUGGAAUCGUUUGUGCUCUUACUGUUAUCAUGUUGGAGACAUUGAUGGUUCAGGACCCAACUCUUGUACCUGCUCAUAACAUUUGUGCUAUUGUAUUCUUGAUUCUUCCACAGUACAAUUUAGGAAUUGCCAUCUUCCGUGGUCUAAUGAUUUAUCAAGUUAGGAAGAUUGGAUCCAACUUUUUGGAACAAAUCAAUCGGCCUGACAUGAUCGAUCAACUUCCUCUUCCAGCGCUUUUGUCUUUUGAUCAAAUGGGAAUGCAUGUUAUGUGUCUAUUUCUUCAUGCAAUUCUGGCCACAAUCUGUCUUAUUUUUUCUCAAAUGGACGAGUUUGGAUUUGUAAGAAGACGGGAACGAAAUCUGACAAGCGCAAUGAUGCUCCGCGAGCCACCCUAUGAUGAGGAUGAAGACGUGGUAAAAGAGAAAAAUCGAGUCGAUGGAAUCACAUCAGAAUCUUCUCAUAACUACUCCCUGGUCGUCCGAAAUUUGGCGAAAGCAUAUAAUCCAGAACUGUUGGCAGUGAAAGGUAUCUCAUUUGCUGUAGAACCCGGGGAGUGCUUUGGACUACUCGGUCUUAAUGGAGCUGGAAAAACGACGACUUUUUCAAUGCUCACCGCCAAAAUCAGGCCAGGACAUGGAUCGAUUGAAAUGCAACAAACUAGAAUUACCACUGGAUCAUUUUCCGAUGUCCAGAACUUCCAACAACUCGGUUAUUGUCCCCAAUUCGAUGCUCUCAAUAUGAAGUUAUCGACAAGGGAAAACUUAAAAUUCUACGCAAGGAUAAGGGGGAUAGUGCCAACUCAAAUUGACUCGAUCAUCGACAGACUUCUUGUUGCUCUUCAUCUCCGUCCAUAUGCCAACACUCAAACAUCGAGUCUUUCUGGCGGAAAUCGUCGAAAACUAUCAGUUGCUGUGGCUCUUGUCAGUCAACCAUCACUGAUAUUUUUGGAUGAACCAUCAGCUGGAAUGGAUCCAGGUUCUCAGCAAUUCCUUUGGAAAGUCAUUGAAAGACUAUGUAAAUCUGGAAAAGCGGUUGUACUAACAUCUCAUUCAAUGGAAGAAUGUGAAGCAUUGUGUACUAGGAUAGCAAUAAUGAAUAGAGGACGAAUUAGAUGCUUAGGAGGAAAGCAACAUCUGAAAUCAAAGUAUGGAAAAGGAUCAAUGCUCACAAUGAAAAUGGGGAAAAACGAGAAUUCGAGAGAAAUCGCUGGGAUUUUGGUAGCUAAAAUAGGAGAGGGAUCUCGAAUCGAAGCAGUUCACUGCUCAACAAUUUUCAUUCACAUUGAACAAGGCACAGCCAGUGUCGCACGGGUCUUAAAGAUUGUUAAUCAGAUCAAACAGACGUAUGAAGUUGAUGACUUCACACUAUCCCAAUCAACUCUGGAUAAUGUAUUCCAAUCGAUAGCUGAAAAUCAACAAGAUUCAUCAUCAUCGUCAUCUGAUUCACAUUCUCCAAAUGCAACUUUAUCAAUUAAUCGGAAUAAUACAGCUUCCACAUAUGUGAUGGCAUCUGAUCAUUAA